UUAGGAAAAUUUUCAGGAAUGAAUUUUGACCUUUUAUCAGCCAAAAUUAUAUUUUUGCUUGUUUUGUCUAUAUUAUUUUCCCGGAUCAGCUCUGAUCAAGGACAGCAAGUCCCUGUACAACAGCAGCUACCACCUGAUAAUGUAAACGCAAAUAUUGAUGCUAAUAAACCUCAUUCUGACUCUCAAAGGCUUGCACAAAAACCUGAUUGUAGGUUGGAUAUUGAUAAAUAUUGCAAGAAGAAUAUUGCACAACUUGGACCUGGUGAAGUUUUGAGUGAUAUGGAUGCCCUGGAGUGUUUACAAGAUGCUGGGUAUAGUGAGAAUGAAGUUUUACAACCACAGUGUGCUCAAGCAGUUUGGGAAUAUAAAGUUGAAUUGACACAGGACAAGCGUUUCAUUGGUGCUCUUCAACAAUUUUGCACUGUUGAUAUUAACCAAAAUCAUCGCCUAAAAGCAUGUACACAAGAUCUUAGGCCUGGUUAUGCACUUUCUUGUAUGAUGGAGCAUGUCCAUGAAAUUGAUCAAGGCUCUCGUUGUUUUCAAUUUUUACUUCGCGUAGAGAAAGUUGCCUUUUCUGAUUUUGCUUUAAUUGCACCAUUUGUUGAACAUUGCGCUGCUAUCAUAAAACAACUUGGUUGUGGACAAUUAACAAAACCUAGUUUGCAUCAAAAUGUUCGUGUGCCACAUUCUCAAGGCUCAACAUUAGAAUGCCUUAUUUCAAAUAUUGUUAAUGUUCAAAAAGAUCCAACCAAAGAACAAAUUAUUAACGGAAUGUCUGAAGAGUGUCGUAAAGAAGUGAGACGAAUUGCUGAACUCCAAUCUGAUGAUUUCCAUUUGGAUAGACGUGAUUUUCGCCUUGCCCAUCCAUUAUUAAAACAAUGUGACAAAGAAUUACAAGCUUAUAGGUGUAUUCCACAACCUGGAUUUGAAAAAUCACUUCAAUUUCAUCUGAGUUGGGUUGUUCUUUGUCUUGAGAAUGGAAUUCAUUUUUAUAAUCAACAAGAGCAUGAAAGACAACAAGCAGCUAAAGAUGAAAAUGCACCAAAAAAACAAUGGCCAAAUUUAGUAGUUUUUAGCGACGAAUGUAAACAUGAAAUGUUUUCUCAUCGUCAAAUGAUGGUACAAGAAUUUAGAAUGGGACCAGAAGUUGUUAUGAAUUGUGCUACAGAAAUUGAUAAAUAUUGUUCACCAAAAGGAGAUUUGGAGACUGAAGGGAAAACCGUUCAUUGUUUAAUGGCUCAUGCCCAGGAAAGAAACGAACAAAAAACCUUAACACAACAAUGCAGAAAUGCCCUUCAAGAUCUUGUUAAAGUGGCAGAUAUUGGAUCUAAUUAUCAAGUUGACAAAGUUUUAUAUGCCUCUUGCAAGGAAUUAAUUGAAGGAAAAUGUAAACAAGAUGCAGUUUCUGAGGCCAAUACACUUACAUGUUUAAUGAAGAAUUUGGAUGAAGCUGAUAUGACUGAUGAUUGUGAACAACGUUUGGUUGAGGUUCAAUACUUUAUGGCCCGUGAUUGGUCUCUUGAUCCACAACUUUACGAAGCCUGCCACCAAGAGGCUGUUGAUCGUUGUUCUGCGGUUUCUGAAUGGCAUAAAGGUUCGAAUCAAUUGGGUGGGCAAUCAAAUCAAGUUGUUGAUCCGGGACCUCAGGUUCUUGCCUGUCUUUAUCGAGCUGGUUAUGACGAAGAAAAACCAUUGAAGGCUGAAUGUGCACAAAAUGUUCGUCGUGUAUUAUAUGAGCGUGCAUCACGCGUCAAUAUGCUUCCUGAUGUUGAAGAAAAUUGUCGUCAGGCACUUUCAGAAUAUUGCUCCCAAAAUGUUCAACCGACUGAGGAGAUGGAUUGUCUCCAAGAACAUUUUGAAACUGAGGAAUUCAAGAGACGGCAUCCGAAAUGCUACACUGAAGUUGAGAAAUUUACAAAAAUGGAAUCUAAGGAUACAAAAUUGAACCGUCUUUUGUCUCGUGCUUGUCGUCCAGUAAUCAAUGCUUAUUGUUCACAAUAUAUCAAUCAAGAAAUUGAUCAUGGGGAUGUUUUAACAUGUCUGUCAGAACAUCGUGAAGCUGAGGAAAUGGGACCAAAAUGCCGUACAUAUGUUAACCAUUUCGAAUUAAUCUCGCUUCGUGACUAUCAUUUCAACUUUCGAUUUACUCAGGCUUGUACUGAUGAUAUUAAGGCAAAUUGUGCACAAUUUGGACAAGACAAGGGUGCAAUCAUUCGAUGUUUAAGCAAUAUUGUUUUUGAACAUCGUAUUCUUGGAAUAGACAAAGAUCUAAGCAAGGACUGUAAAAAACAAUUGCGGGUGGCUUACCUGGAACAAGAACAGGUCGAUUUUGAUGACAAAGAGCACAUGAAUGAUGCUGAUCCCUCUCUGAUGGGUAAAUGUUCAACCGACAUUAAACGCUUCCAAUGUAUGAAAGAACCGAAUACCCGAUUUGAACAAAUUGUUGAAUGCCUUCGAAUUAAUUUCGAUCAAUUAGUUCCUGAUUGCAAAGCACUUAUUUUUGCAAGAGAAAAAAUUGAAGCUUUAGACAAUACUUUUGAUGAUGAAUUGCAGCGGUCAUGUAAAUUCGAUAUUAAUCGACAUUGCCCAAAUCAACGUGGUGAAAAAGUUCUUGAGUGUUUAACAAAUAUGAAGAUUAUCCGACUUCUUCAAAAAGACUGUCAAAGAGUUGUCCAAACCAGAAUGUUGGAGAGAACAAAGGAUGAUCGACUUAAUCCUGAGUUACUUGAUUCUUGUCAUGAAGAAGCCAAGCAAUAUUGUCCAGCAGACUUCAAAAAAGUUAAUAACCCUCAAUAUUCACAGCAACAACUUGGUCCUUUAAUUGCAACUUGUCUGCGAACUCAAUUUGCUAAGUUUACCAAAAUGACCGUAUUGUCCGCACCUUGCAAAGAAGAAUUAUCUCGCAUAAUUCUUGAAAGUGAAUUUGAUAUUCAACUUGAUCCACAACUUUACAAGGCUUGCAAAUACACAAUUAGUAAACACUGUACAAACACUAUCAUUGGCCGUAGUGGCAACUUUGAUUCUGUCUUGGAGUGUUUAAAAUCAGAUUUUUAUAAUAAUAUGAUUACAGACAAGAAUUGUGCUGUGCAACUUGCACGUCGUACUCAAGAAUCUCUUGUUGAUAUUCAUUUGGAUCCAGGAUUACAUGAAGCGUGUAGUCUUGAUGCCCAACGCAUAUGUGCAAAUGUUCAGCCUGGUGAAAGUCGAAUUAUUAUGUGUCUUGUUGAUGCUCUUAGAAACCCUCAAUCAGCCCUCUCGUCUGUUUGCCGUGAAAAGCUUACAGAAAGAGAUAAGCUCUGGCAGAUUGCACAUAGCGAAUAUCAAAUGAAAUUACCUGAAAGUUGGUCUGAUUUAGCUAGUGCUAUUGCACAACAUCCACAGCGUAGUUCUAUUUUGACAUGGUCAGUUAAUUAUUUAAAAUAUUUACACAAAAUUUUACUAUCGCAUUAUCUCCUAAAAACUUUAAAUGUUGGCCGGCUCUAG